UAUUUAAUGAGAAAUGCAAAACGCCUUCGUUGAAGUUUGUCCCGGGCGCGUAUCCAUAGCAUCUGUCGGCGGAAGCGUGUUGACAUUGAGCCCUGCGGAGUGGAGCGUUUCAGAGAAGGUGGAGGAAUAAACAGUGAAGCACCAUGCUGAGGACGAAGCGUAUGGCUGAUAUGGGCUACCGCCUGUUCUCCGGCUCCAUGAUGCUCCUCACCGUGUACGGAGGCUACCUGUGCAGCAUGAGGUUCUCUCGCUACAUGCAGAGGCAGAAACAGCUCCAGCUGGAAGCACAGGACCAAACAGUAGACUCUGAGGUGGUCAAGGACUGAGCCUUCUGGUCAUCAGUGGAGUCUCCAAAACAGACAUUAAAUUAUCAUGUCACAUGGGUGGAACCAAAACCGACCAGAGAUUUCACCCCAAAAAAUGCGUGAAGCUCAGCUCCACCUUCAUGGAUAACAUCUGUAACCUUUUCAUGCAGGGAAGAAUGUAAAAAUGGUGUUUGUCUCACAGCCUGUGGUUUAUGUAUGGUCAUCAUAUAUUAAAUGGUGUGCGAGUUAAAACUGUU